CUCGGAUUCGUUCAGGGUGGCCUCCAUGUCAUAUGCUCCUGCCAAAUCCAGGAUCUAGACGCUCCUUUCUCCAGAUUCCAGCUGGUAAUUAGCCUUUUAUCCCUACGAUACAAAUUACCACUCUGAGGUCGCAUCAUCCUGUUAUUCUUUCUUUUCUUGCGUCGCCGAGAAAGAGAAUCUAUUCCUUGAAGAAACCGAGAUCGCAUCCUUUCCAACGACCUCAUAUCCAUUAGCUUGACAGCUGUCAAAUCCACCAUCGUCCCUUACAAGACCCUGAACGAGACAACACAACCGCAAAGAUGUCGCAAGCUGGCGGAUCAUACAAUAACCCCUUGAAGAAGUUCAAGUUGGUGUUUCUGGGAGAACAGAGCGUCGGAAAGACCUCUUUAAUCACACGAUUCAUGUAUGAUUCUUUCGACAACAUGUAUCAAGCGACAAUUGGCAUUGAUUUCCUCUCCAAGGUCAGGACCGUGACAGCCGACUCCUAGGCCACACUAACAUCUGCCCACUUAGACCAUGUACCUCGAGGACCGGACGGUGCGACUGCAGCUAUGGGAUACUGCUGGACAAGAACGAUUCCGAAGCUUGAUUCCUUCUUACAUCCGCGAUUCAAGCGUAGCUGUUGUUGUCUAUGACAUCUCUAACGCUAAGUCAUUUCAAAACACCAAGAAGUGGAUUGACGACGUACGAGCCGAGCGAGGUAACGAUGUUAUCAUUGUGCUGGUUGGAAACAAGACAGAUUUGAACGACAAGCGGGAAGUGACCACACAGCAGGGAGAGGAGGAGGCAAAGAAGAACAACCUGAUGUUUGUCGAGACAAGCGCAAAGCUGGGUCACAACGUCAAGAACCUGUUCAAGAGGAUAGCACAAGCCUUGCCUGGCAUGGAGGGAAGCGAUGCUGCGGCGCAAGCUUCGAACCAGAUGAUUGAUGUCAAGACGAACAACUCGCAGCAGUCGCAAGAAGGCUGCGCAUGCUAAAUAUGCCAACACCGAUUCAGGACUGGAGUACAGGAGUACCUGGGGAAACGCAAGCCGUACUCAAGAUGCGAAAGAAGCCUGGCUACCUCACACCACAAAAUAGGAUAUUAAGCAUAGCGUGUGGAUCUGAGUGCAGGAGCUUGUAUAAUACAACCAGGACUACGAGCCUACGAUCG